UGGAUGGUGGACGGAGACCGCCGUACUGAGGGUGUUAUCAAAACUAACGCCCCCCGCCCCUGUUUGUUUUUUUUGUUGUUGGUAAAGUUGGAAAAGAGCGACUUAUCUCAAAAUUCGGGCCCGCUGGUCGGCAUGUAAACCGUUAUAGUCUUCAUGACUAUUCAACCACCGAGCUACCACAGCGAGUCAAGUGGGAACUCUUCACAGCAAUUAACUUGUGCGGAUCUUUUUUUUCUUCUCCUUCUUCUAGUACUACUCCGACCACUUUGAGGCUGUCUCCAUGUCUGCGCUUUGGUCUGGUGACUAGUUUUUUUUGUUUUUUUUUUGAGGCUGUCUUCUGUCUCUUUUUUUCGGAAUACAUCGGAUCCUAGACGACACACACACACACGCCUGCGCGCGCGCGCGCGGGAGUGAAAAACAGCAACGUUCAAGUAAGGUGACUCCGGUCUUUUCGUUCCUACCUGGUUUUAUGUGCCCACAUCGCGGCUAAUGACCCGUUUCCCGUGUUUUUUCGGUUGAUUUAUGGUCGUUAGCCUGCUGGGGGAAGCAAGUGAAAGAAACGAGUAAGACAGACAGACGGACCGACAGACAGGGAGACGGGAGCAGGGAUUCACACAUCGGUUGGCAAACUCGGUGGUCCCGUUGUUUCGAUCGGUUCUGUUUGAAAAUAAGAACCGCGACUGUCGCGUCGACAGUCAAACAACAAUGGAUUUGUCUUCGUGAUUUGGAGCAUCAAACUACUCCCAGGCACUGUUUUGUUUCCGUGAAACGGAUUUUAGCAUCCUUUCGGAGAUCAAGAUGUUCCCCCAGGGGCGACACCCGACGCCCCACCAAACCCCAGGUCAGCCCUUCAAAUUCACCAUCCCAGAGUCUCUGGACCGCAUCAAAGAGGAGUUCCAGUUUCUUCAGGCACAGUAUCACAGCCUGAAGCUGGAGUGUGAGAAGCUCGCCAGUGAGAAGACCGAGAUGCAGCGACACUAUGUCAUGUACUAUGAGAUGUCUUAUGGCCUCAACAUUGAAAUGCAUAAACAGACUGAGAUUGCCAAGAGACUGAACACCAUCUGUGCACAAGUCAUUCCCUUCCUCUCUCAGGAGCAUCAGCAGCAGGUGGUCCAAGCUGUGGAGCGAGCCAAGCAGGUGACCAUGGCAGAGCUGAAUGCUGUCAUCGGGGUACGUGGACUACCAGGCCUUCCGCCUACACAGCAGCAUUUAUCCCAUGGCCACGGAGGCAGUGCCCCUGUGCCUCUCACGCCCCACCCCACGGGCCUCCAUCCUUCACAGCUCGGUGGUUCAGCUGGUCUCUUGGCUCUAUCUGGAGCCCUUGGUGCUUUGCCCCCACACCUGGCUGGAAAAGAGGCAGUGGAUAAAAAGCCCCACCCGGCCGGAUCAGAGCCCCAACUGUCAGGGCCCGAGCACCUGAGAGAGCGUGAGCCUGGCACAAGUAACUCGUUGCUGUCAGACAGUCUGAGAAACCCAGACAAGCGACGUAAUGGACCAGAGUUCCCCAAUGACAGCAAAAAACGCAAAGUAGAUGACAAGGACUCCAGCCACUAUGAUAGUGAUGGAGAAAAAAGUGACGAUAACUUGGUGGUGGAUGUUUCCAAUGAGGACCCAACCUCUCCCCGUGGCACCCCUCUCCCCUCUCCCAGGGAAAAUGGCCUGGAUAAAGCACGUCACCUCAAGAAAGACCCCUGUAGCCCUGCCUCCACAGCAUCAUCAGCAAGCUCCUCCUCCCUCAAAUCCAAAGAAAUAGCAAUGCGAGACAAGGCAGGUACACCAGGUCUGAAGCCAAGCACUCCCACUCCAAGAGGAGACUCAACCCCUGGGCCAAGCUCCACUCCUGGACUUCGGCCUAGCCUUUCAAAACCUCCCUCCAUGGAGAUGCCACACCCACCCACUGCAGGUCUGAGGACCCCCCUGGCUGUUCCAGGACCAUAUCCAGGUGCAUUUGGCAUGUUGCCCCAUGCAGCAGGAAUGAAUGGGGAGCUUGCUGGUGCAGCAGGGGCAGCAGCCUAUGCUGCUGGACUUCACAACAUGUCACCUCAGAUGAGUGCUGCUGCUGCUGCUGCUGUGGCCGCAUAUGGCCGUUCACCCAUGGUUGGUUUUGACCCCCAUCCCCACAUGCGAGUCCCUGGAAUACCUCCAAGCUUAACUGGCAUCCCUGGAGGCAAACCAGCAUAUUCCUUCCACGUGGCGGCGGACGGCCAAAUGCAGCCUGUGCCAUUUCCCCCAGAUGCUCUGGUGGGGCCCGGCAUCCCACGCCACGCCCGUCAAAUCAACACACUGAACCAUGGUGAGGUGGUGUGUGCUGUGACCAUCAGCAACCCCACCCGACACGUCUACACGGGGGGGAAGGGUUGUGUUAAAGUCUGGGACAUAAGUCAUCCCGGCAACAAGAGCCCCGUGUCACAACUUGACUGUCUGAACCGGGACAACUACAUACGUUCGUGUCGGCUCCUCCCUGAUGGUCGGACGCUCAUUGUUGGUGGCGAGGCCAGCACAUUAUCGAUCUGGGACCUGGCCACGCCCACCCCGAGGAUCAAGGCCGAGCUCACAUCAUCAGCCCCAGCAUGCUACGCUCUGGCCAUCAGCCCAGACUCCAAAGUCUGUUUCUCCUGUUGCAGUGAUGGAAACAUUGCUGUCUGGGAUCUACACAAUCAGACUUUGGUCAGACAGUUUCAGGGCCAUACAGAUGGAGCCAGCUGUAUUGACAUCUCUAAUGAUGGCACCAAGCUGUGGACUGGAGGCCUGGACAACACUGUCCGCUCCUGGGACCUGAGAGAAGGACGGCAGCUCCAGCAGCAUGACUUCACAUCACAGAUAUUCUCUCUGGGUUACUGUCCUACAGGAGAGUGGCUGGCUGUGGGAAUGGAGAGCAGCAACGUUGAGGUCCUCCAUGUCACCAAGCCUGACAAAUACCAGCUACAUCUCCAUGAAAGCUGUGUCCUCUCUCUGCAAUUUGCCUACUGUGGUAAGUGGUUUGUGAGCACAGGGAAGGACAACCUACUGAAUGCGUGGAGAACGCCAUAUGGAGCCAGCAUAUUCCAGUCUAAAGAGUCUUCCUCAGUGCUGAGCUGUGACAUCUCUGUGGAUGACAAAUACAUCGUCACUGGCUCAGGGGACAAGAAAGCCACAGUGUAUGAGGUCAUCUACUAGAACAUGGAGAAAAGCAGUGUUUUUUUUUUUUUUUCUUUCUUGUUUUUUUUUUUAACAUACCCACACAAGGUGUUUCAAGACAUUUCUUCCGGAAAUCAAGCAGGAGCAGAGAGAAGCAUUGAUGGUGCAGCUGCAUUCGUUUUCUACAUCUACUAACAAGAAAGAAAGGAGAGGUUCAUUUUUUAUGAACAUGUCCCCAGCAUCUCUAGAAACUUUUCCAUAUUUGUCUGGAAAUUAACGAGGGGCAACUGGAUAUUAAGCAGAGGAGAUAAACUAGGACACUGGGAUGCUAAUUUCCCUCUUGUAAUAUCUACUGAAACUGCUCUGGGAUCAGUUACCGGGAUAUUGACUGAACCAAAAGGGGCUUUCCAUUGUUUAAACAUAUUGAGUUGAAUAUGAGAUACUAAAAUACACGGACUCUGUGUGACAUGGCCAGAGGCUGAGAUCCUAGAACGGCAAAUGAGGACGGAUGUUCAAAUGAAUGUGCUGACAGACGGUAAGAGGAACAGCUUGAUGAAAAAUGACACACUAAUAGAAAGAAAGGGGAGACAAUGGUGGAUGAGGUUACAGACAGACUGCAGAAAUGCAGAGUGCAAAAGAUAUUAGUUUUAUGUAGUUUUUGAAAACUGACUUCAGAGACUGGUGACCUCCUAAUUUUGACACCGUCUUUGACCUUUUGACCUCAGCCAGCUGUUCUGACUCACAUCUAACAAGUCUGAAUAGUACAUCAUACACUGUCCUAACAUUAGUACUCUCCAGACUAAUCCUGCUGAAUAAUGUUAGUGCCUACUGCUUUGUAUGUGCACACAGGAAGUAAAUAAAUAGAAACACGGUACCCCACAAUGUCAUCAUGCUACAUUCAAAUCAUGUUGAAGCCCAAAGCGCUGACUUAUGUCCAGCAUCAUGCCAGACUAAUUUUCAGUAACUGGUUGAUUUGCGUGACACCAGUGUGGCACAGUGCCGUCCAUGAUAUUUUGUCUCUGUUGGCCUACUCAAACCCCACCAAAACAAAAUUUCAAUUACAAUGAUUUCAGUGAGAAAUUAGCCAGUUAAACCAAAAACAUCCUGAUGAUAAGUCUAUAUGACAUGCUUUGUUGGAAUAUGUGUACAUAGGUCUGACUGUAUUCUGGUUGUCCACAAAAGAGUUUUCACUUCUGUCUGUACCUUGUAAGUUUUUUUUUCUUUAUCUUCCUGGUUUUUUUUUUUCUUUUUUGGGACCCCCCCCCCUUUUCCCCCCAAUUGUAUCCAGCCAAUUACCCCACUCUUCCCAGCUGUCCCAGUUGCUGCUCCAUCCCCCUGCCGAUCCAGGGAGGGCUGCAGACUACCACAUGUCUCCUCCGAUACAUGUGGAGUCGCCAACCGCUUCUUUUCACCUGACAGUGAGGAGUUUUGCCAGGGGGGACAUAGUGCAUGGGAGGAUCACGCUAUUCCCCCCAGUCCCCCCCCCCUAACAGGCGCGACCAGAGGAGGCGCUAGUACAGCGACCAGGACACAUACCCACAUCCAGCUUCUCACCCAGAGACAUGGUCAAUUGUGUCUGUAGGGACGCCUGAUCAAGCCGGAGGUAACAAGGGGAUUCGAACUGGCAAUCCCCAUGUUGGUGAGCAACGGAAUAGACCACUAUUCUACCCGGACGCCCCUUGAUCUUCCUUGAUUUUAACACUUUGAAAAGGAAAUCCCACUUUGAGUCUCCUUUACAUAAUUGACCUCGGGUACCUCAGAGUUGACCGUAUGCUUAGAUCGCAUGCUACACGUGGAAGGAAGGUGAGAAGAAAAGGACAGUUGCACAGGUUAUACUGUAAUUGCCUUCAUCAAUUCCUUCACCUCUGCCCCCCCCCCCCCAUAACUGUUCUCACUUGACGGCAAACUGAAGUAAUCUCACCUAGAGUCCUGCACGGGUCCGUUUUUUGAGACCCGCACCCACCCCCACAACGUGCAAUGCCGUACCCGCCCCGCAACCCGCACAUAUAAACCAUUACUUCCGCGACCCGACCCGUUGAUACAAGACCCGCGACCCGAAACAUGUAGGCCUAAUAAUAACCAUGUAAUCAAUUAGUCACUAAACCUACAUGUAUUUAGGAUCUGUUUUCAGUGUUUUUCAAUAACGUUGACAAUUCAUGUAUAAUUCUGGUGCUUUAAUUAAACUUAUCACAUCUGAGAUAAACACUAAAAUACUAUUAGAGAGCUGUUGCGAGGUGUGCCAUGCCGUGUCUCACAGUGCUAUGACGCAGGACGCGCUCAUGUAAGCUAAAUAUGCGCAGACAAAUUUUCCUGCUAGUUUGGCAACCCUCUGUUUGUCUUCCCUUUUGGGUGCUUUUAGGUCAACGUUUCUUGUAAAGAAGUGGUUAAUUGUUGUUGCACCGGUGGGAACAUUGGCACGGCAGCUUUCAAUGUGCUUCUUCAGUGACAACGUACCGAGUUUGCAGCUAUCGUAAGCCAGCACUUUUCGGCACUUUUUACAAGCAGCGAACCCACUGACUUGGUUAUUUUCCCCAUCUAUGAGUGGGCCAAAAGCCCCACACACAUUGGACUUCGCUCUUGUGGUGGCCAGUGAUACAGAGAACUUGCAAAAAAAAAAAAAAAACUCAAUGAGACGAGGAUCCUUCAAAAUAAGACUUUUAUUGAUGAAUCAACAAAGUCUGAGUCAGGUCUGCAGAGUGACUGAAAAUCAGACAAAAGCCUCCCUCUCUUUAUACCAUUUACAAAUCUAGUGAACAAUCUACUUGCGUCAGUCAAUGUCCUGCUGUCAAUCAGGGACCUUGUUGAUCAGGACAUGUUGGUGGAGCAGGAGCCUCUCUAUCGAUGCAAGGAUGACGUUAGCAUGUCUUCAGUCAUCGCCCUUUGACAGUCUAAUGGUUGUCUUGGUAUGCUACUACUACUGCUACUACUGUUUUCUGUGUAAUAAUGGUUACACUUACAUGAUGGAAUGUCACUUAUACUUUUGGGCAUAAACAAGUUUAUCCUCUACUGACGUUAUGUCCUGGUUAUAUGGCCUUGUGCUACUUGCCACAGUUGUUUGUCACUCCAGUCACAUGAAAUGACAGAUACCGACAUGUGCCCUUACGUACUACCAUACUCUGAAGAAUUGUCGGCAAUCUGAUAUUCUCCACUAGCUAUUUUUGCCUUCAGCUCAUCAACCAUUUCAAUUUCGAGUGUGCUACAGCAGUGUAAACGCUUCCGGGCUAACGACCGCCGACAGCCGGAUAUGAUUGAUGAGGUGAGAGGUUAAAAAAAACAAAACAGUAAAUACUAUUUUUAAAUGUUAUUAUCCCACACCCGCACCCGCCUGCACGUUCCUUUGUUUUACCCGCACCCGAACCCGCAAAUAAAAACAAGACAAAAUAUCACCCGCUAACGACAUUUUUGCGGGUCACCCGCCGGGUACCCAACCCAAUGCAGGACUCUAAUCUCACCAUCCUGGUUUCCAUUAGCAGGGGUAUCCCGAUUUUACCCAUGGUAGAGGUCACUGAACUGAUUCCAAAAUACCUCUAUGCUUCCUUUUCGUUUUGUUGCCAACCGCAACAAUUUGUCCUCCCCCCCCCCCCCCCCAUACUUCUCACUUUGGCCCUGCUGGGUAACUAUGUUGAGCCUCAGACUGCAAACAUUUUAUUAAACAAAAUUAACACGGAGAGGGAGUAGUUUAAUUCAAUUUUAUGUAUUGGGAUUUUUUUAUUUUUUUUUUUGCGAAGAAAAUCAAAGUCAAAUUUAAGAGAAUUCAGUCACCAGAUGAAUUCACUAUAACACAGAGCAGCUCACUUCUCUAUUCUUUCUGAUGACGUUUUUUGUCAGGUUUUGUUUUUUAACUGAGCAAUUUGGGUUGAAUUUCUCUCUCUUCACGUGAAAUUGAGAUCAAACCCAACUUUUAACCGAGUUACUGAAUUGACCCAAACCCACUUUUGUUGGUGUGAAACACCGUAGGCUACCCAGCGGUGCUUCAUGAGCAAAAGACCAUUUGUACACAAAGCAUCUCUCAACGAGGAAAUCAAAAUUAUAUUCAUUCUUAUAUA